CCUGGCCGCCGGGUGCUGCGUGGGCCGCCCCAAUUUGGGUUCCUGGGGCCGCCGUCGCCCCAGGGGGUCUGGCGCAGGUCCGAGUCCGAGUCCACGGGUCCGAGAGCCGAGGUGGCCCGCCAACAGCGCGCGGAGCAGUCGUGAAGACAUGUGCUGUUUGUGGUUCGGCUCCUUCCUAGUGUUGCUGUGCCUCAGUUCUCGUCUCCUCGCCUCUGCUUCAUCCCCUGUACAUUCCAGCUUCAUGAAGGCUCCUUUGUGGGUUAUCCCAAUCAGAUAUGUGCGUUGAAACUACGUAGCAUAAUUGCUGUCUUCCGCAUACCUCGAGGCCACAGGGUGCUGCUUAAAGAAUGGACGAUGACGAGUUUGGUGGUUUUGAGGCGGCAGAGACUUUCGAUGCUGGGGACAGCGGAAGCCAGGCGACGUCUCCGGCUGUUCCCUGGGCGGCCUUUCCUGCGGUAUCCGGAGUCCAUCUGUCACCAGCUUCUCCCGAGCUUGUCCUGGACCAUGAACACUCACCUCCAUCGAUUGCCUGCCUCUCCACCGAUGCCAUCAUUUCAUCAGCAGAGGAUGCACAUGCAGACAAUGGCCUUGGGAGUCAGACCAUCCCCAAAGCCCAGAUUGAGCAGUCGAUGCACACGCAUCUGAAUAUCCCGCUCUUCCCACUGGAUUUGACUGAUGAGAUGAGCAGUGGGGCGAUUGCUCUGGUGGAUGAGUCUGAAGGUCCUGGAGCCGAUGUCUCCAACACGCAGCUCCAGCAGAAAAUAUCAAGUCUGGAGACUAAACUCAAAGCGUCUGAAGAAGAAAAACAGAGAAUUAAAAAGGAUGUGGAAUCUUUGAUGGAGAAGCACAGCGUCUUAGAAAAGGGUUUCCUGAUGGACAGGGAGCAGGAGGCCGUUUCUUUUCAAGAUAGAUACCGAGAACUUCAGGAAAAGCAUAAGCAAGAGCUGGAAGACAUGAGGAAAGCCGGCCACGAGGCGCUGAGCAUCAUCGUGGACGAGUACAAGGCACUUCUGCAAUCCUCAGUUAAGCAACAGGUAGAGGCCAUCGAGAAGCAGUAUGUGUCUGCCAUCGAGAAGCAGGCCCAGCGCUGUGAGAAGCUGCUCCAGGCCCAGCAUCAGAGGCUCCUGGAAGUGCUCGACACCGAGAAGGAACUGUUGAGAGGGAACAUCCAGGAAGCGCUGGCCCAGCAGUCUCAAGAGCAGAAGGAAAUACUGGGGAAGUGCUUGGAAGAAGAAACACAGAGGAACAGAGACAUGCUGGAGUCGGCCGCGAAGCUUGAAAAGGAAGCGGUGAAAGACGUGGUCAUGAAGGCAGUAGAAGAAGAAAGGAAAAGUCUGGAAAAAGUUCAUGCUGAAGAAAGGGAGUUGUGGAAGACAGAACACGCAAAAGACCAGGAGAAGGUAGCUCAGGCCAUCCAGAUGGCUGUGCAGGAGCAGAGGAAGAUAAGUCAGGAAGCUGUGAAGGCAGCCAUCAUAGAAGAGCAGAAACGGAGCGAGAAGGCCAUGGAGGAAGCGGUAAAGAGGACCAGGGACGAGCUGGUGGAGUACGUGAGAGAGCAGCAGAGGCUUGAUCAAGUCACCCGUCAACGCAGCUUGUCCAGCCUGGAGCUGUUCCUCUCCUGCGCCCAGAAGCAGCUGAGUGCUUUAAUAGCUACGGAGCCGGUUGACAUUGAAUAAAGGGAACAUAACGUAUUUGCCUGCCCUGGUCAUUGAGCCUGUCCAGUCUGGAGCUGUUCCUCUCCUGCACCCAGAAGCAACUGAGUGUUCUAACAACUAAGGAGCUGUUGGCAUUGAAUAAAGAGAACAUGGCGGGCUACCCUGCCCCAUCACUGCGUUAGUUACUAGACUUCUGACUUAGAUGCUGUGAAUCAUAAAGAUGCUUUUGAGUUUUGUUCUGUUUUGUGGAAAAGGUGGAGAGUUGGUUUCCAGGUCAAGGAUGAGCCAAAACAAUAUCUAGAACUAGCAAAGAAUCUGUUUACUUCUAUUACUUUAUUUCAUUGUGAGUUGCAACAGCAGAGUCUAACAUGACCUUUGCAAACCAAGGAAAAGUGCCAUAGUAUCAAGUCUGUCGGGUAAACAUUAUGUCUUCAGGUGGCCUGAUAACACUGUAUUUGGUAAAAGGAGUCUCCUUUGGCCUCAAGGUGAUCCCUGAUAAGACACUCCUCUGUGACCCUGAAUUUGGUUCUGAGUUAGAAGGAGCGUGGGUCCCAUGCUGGCUACGUAAAGCAGAUAUAAAACACAAAGUGCUGAUGGGAUGAUUGUUCUGAUUAACCUAAGCUCUUCUCUGCAGUUGAAUCCAUGUGUUCUCAUUGAUCUACUGAAAACAGUGCGACACUAAAAAUGCUCAGCUUCGGCUGACACCCCACGUGAACUGGGGUGUGAGCAGGCUUAUUUCCUACUGUCUGCCCUCAAAAGCACUGUAAUAAUUUCUCUUUUGCAUUACCAUAAUCAUCAUAAUCUCUGGAAAGGGAACAUAGCUCAACAUCUGUGGGAGUUCGGGUUCAAAUAUGGAUGUAAAGAAUCAUCAGGAUGCCUUGAUUCAUGAGCUCUUGCUCCAGUCCCAAAUCAUGAGUACU